CAACAUGAAUCGGUGGAAGGAAAUUUAAACUUGCUUACAAUUGAAACUCAGAAAUAUACAUCUUCAAUAGACACAGAUUUUAAAAAUAGUUUGGAUAGACUGACUGUCGAUACUUUGAGGACACUUUGUAGUGCUAUAGAUUUAUUGUAUUCUGGAUCCAAAAAAAAACUUGUUGAAAG